AUUACUGCCUCAAGACUAAUAUCAUUAGUUGCGUUGAGUAAAAUACGCUUUCAUGGUACCAGACGGGGAUCGAUCCCCUCGCUUCCGCUAAUCGCUGCCGGCCUCUCGCCGCGGCGCCCCUCCGUCGAUCGCAUCCACAAGCGACGACGCGUUCCUGCCGCCGGCACCCCCGCCGGUCGUGCUUCCUCCUUCUUCUUGUGCUGGCCUCACGCCACACGAGCCGCCGCCGUUGCUUCUCUUGCCGGCGUGCACUAUCCACUCGAUGACAAAUCCACAGGCUGAUGCCGCCGCGGAGGAGGCCCGUCUCGCUGCGCUUCGUCAAGCGGCCGCCAACGCCACAGCAGAGGCCAAGGCUGCUGCCGCCAGGGCGGAGGAAGCCGCACGUCGUCUCGCCGAGUACGAAAACCUGGAGCAAUCCCAGCUACAUGCGCAGGCCGUCGCGGUGUCUAACAUCAAGACGAUGAUCCCCUUCGUACUCGACCAGACUUCCUCGCACUACAAUCGGUGGCGCACCUUCUUCCUCAACACGGUGACCAAGUACGCCCUCGACUGCCUUGUGCUCUCCGACGACGACUUCUCUACGGACCCCCAUUGGCGUCGCAUGGAUUGCACCAUCAAAUCGUGGCUGUUCAGCACCGUCGCGCCCGAGCUCAUCGAGGCGGUGUCCACCUCGUCCCCGACGUCGCGUUCCAUAUGGGUCGGUCUCGAGGACCAAUUCAUCGGCAACAAGGAAACUCGUGCUAUCAUCCUUGAUGCUGAAUUCCGGACACUCGUCCAAGGCGAUCUUUCCGUCACCGACUAUUGCCACAAGAUGAAGAGCAUGGCGGACGCUUUGGGGGAUUUGGGUGAGACGGUCCUUGACCGCACCCUUGUCCUUAAUCUUCUCCGGGGCCUCAACGAGAAAUUCUCCUACAUGGCGGCGUUAAUCAAGCGCACUCGGCCGUUCCCGACUUUCUCCGACGUCCGUGCGGAUCUUCUCAUCGAGGAGGUCACCUUGGCCAGCAAGGCCACCACUCCGACAGCGCUGGUGGCUACCGCGCCCGCUCGUCCCCCGGCGCCACGCGCCCCGGGCCCUUCCUAUCCCCCCACCGCGCCGAGGCUCGGCGGUCCUGGCGGCCCUGGCAUCCCUGGCGGCUCCAACAACGGGAACGGGGGCGGUGGCUCCAACCGCAACCGCCGGCGCUGGCGCUCCAAUGGGAACGGGGGCGGACAGGCGCGCCCUCCUGGUUUUGGCUCUCCGGCCUGGCAGCAGCCUCCUUGGAACCCGUUUACGGGGACAUUCGCUGUCUAGCCGGGACACCACGGCGCCCGCCCGCAUCCUCCACUUGCGCCGCUGCCGCCCCGUCCUCAAGCCUUUGCCGCGGGAAACACCGGCACGCCUCAUCAGGUUCAGCAGGCACUCCCAGGACUGCUUGGUUCUGCACCCUCCUUCGGUGCAUCUCCUGUCAUGCUGUCCCAACAGCAACCUUGGACGUGGGAUCAGCAAGCCUUGGCGAGCAAUUUCAACACUAUGACCCUCACUCCUCCGCCGAGCGACGACUGGUAUAUGGACUCAGGACCUCGUAACGCGGAACGUGAUCGCCAGGUGCAAUAGUUCUGGGGAGCUCUACUCCUUUCGUCCGCCCGCCCAGCCUCACAUUCUCGCCGUCAUCACCCCACCCACCGUGCUUUGGCAUCGUCGGCUUGGUCAU